GUUACUAAGAAAGGUGAUAUGGGUGACUUCUACCGUAACUUGCUCAAAAAAAAUGUAGCUUUUGGGGCAAAUACUAGUAAAAGAGGAGAUGACAUUUUACCUUCUAGGCAGAAUGCUGAAUCUGGAAAAUCUCAACCUUCUGAAACUCAUUCUGAAAAACAAUCUGACCUUAUAGAUAGGAAGUCAUCUGACCUUACAGCUAGUAAUGUCCCAGAUGAACCCAAGCCGUCUGCCAAACAUGGUAGAAGUGAGGAUAUGGACAAAGACAAUAUAGAACUCAGAUUGCCUUCCACCGUCGAUGCCAGCCAAGCAGAUAGUGGUUUGCAGUCUGAAAAGGGAGGAAUUACUGCAGACAUUGGGAGUAAAGCCGAAACUGUAGGUGAGAAUGUGAAGAGCUCUGGCCACCACCACAGACAAAGUCAAGAGGCAUUGGCUGCUGCCAAAGAACGUUAUUUAGCUCGAAAGCGAAUGCGAGAAGGCUAAUAGUGAUACCAUCAAAAUCUUCUCUGAUAAAAUUGCAUUAUGACUUGUAACUUGUAAUAUUGCAGCAAAUUCAAGCAAUCGAAUUCAUUUUCAUUAGAUGGUCUCAUCAAUGGAAUGUGCCUGUUGAAUUCUGCAGAGGAGAUAUUUUGAAUGAUUUUAUGUUCAAAGGUGGAUAUGUAUCUCUAUGUACAGAAAAUCAAGAGUUAUCAUUAUUUACAAUAUAAGAUUUCAGAGAAAUUGCAUGUCAAACCUUGUUGCACUUCGGCUAUUAUUUAGUGCCUGAAAAUAUUGUUUGAAGCAUUAAUUCUUGUUGCACAAUCCAAUCAUUAUUUUUUCGGACAUUUGGCUGAGGCUCUAUGUUUUUUUCUUUGGUAAAUUUGAACCCCCAACUUGCACCUCUAGGCUCUAUGCCUACCAUUGUUUGAAUGUGUCUUACACAUGGUGACACUUCGGCUCAAUCAGCAGAACAUAAAAAUAAAGUUCUUGUGUCAAUGAUGGGAUAUUAUUAUUUUA